ACUCUGUCGGGAGCGGUUGCCUCAUCGUGCGAGAACAAAAACUCGUUAAUUCGCUUCAUUAGUUCGUUUGUGGAUUUUUCGUCUUGUGGAUUCUAAAAAAAAAUAAAAUAAAAAAUGCCAGAAAAGUGCUUCUCGUGCAAGGAAACCACAGAGGGCAAGCAACCCGUUAAGGCGCUCGGCAAAACUUGGUGCCAUGCUCACUUCCAAUGCAAAGACUGCAAAGUUGUCAUUGGCGAUUCCACGUUCAAAGAGAAGGAAAACUUGCCGGUUUGCCUGAAAUGCUAUCAGGACAAGUACGUGCCAUUCUGCGUAAAGUGCAAGGAGAAAAUCAUGGAGAAUGCAGUUUCAGCUUUGGAGAAGACAUGGCAUCGCAAAUGUUUCGUGUGCAACGGUCUCUGCAAGAAGCCCUUGGGCGGUCAAACGUUCUUUGAGCGCGACGGAAACGUUUAUUGCAAAUCUGACUUCGAGAAAGUUGUUGCCGACAAAUGCGCCGGAUGCAAAGCGCCCAUCAUGAAGUCCGCCAUCACGGCGUUGCAAGCUAAAUGGCAUCCGGAUUGCUUCAAGUGCAAAAAAUGCAAGAAAACGAUCGAUGACGAGUCGUUCUACGUUGAAGGCAGUAAACCUGUUUGCGCCAAAUGCAUAGAACAAAAGAAGUAAAGUUACCUCGUUGUUUUUGAGCAACAUCUCAAUGUCACCUAACACCGGGCGGAAUAUUUGUUGCAUCUGUUGUUUCGUCAUCUCACGCAAAAUCGCGAGCAAUGCUUCCUGCAAAUUUUGUGUUUGGACAGUUUUAUCAUUAUUUUUAAUUUUAACGGCAACUUCAUUUUCUGGCUGCUAAAAAAAUUUUAAGUUUUUA